AUAUGUAAGAGCCGAAGAUAUUGCUGAUAACACACGUCACGCAUGUAUUUACGCAAGCGCAAGUCACGUGUAAACGCAUACGGUUAGGUUAAAGUGGGGUUAACCUAAUAAGAGUGUGUUUACGUGCUAAGUGAAUGGGAAAAAGUUGGGAUAAUCUUUAAGUAUCUCAUCAAAAAGAUUGGAAGGAUUAUAAAGAUUGUUUAAUUAUCUCUUUAAAAAAAAACCUACUGGAGAUUGAUCAUCAUAAUUAAUUAAGCUAUCAGAAGAAAGGCAGCAUAACCUCGAAGAGAGUGUAAACAGUUGAGAAACUAAACUAUUGUCAGCGCCUUUCUCAAGGCUGUUCAAUAUUUGAUUUUCCACUAAAUACAAUAUACAAAUAUUUGUAUCGUGCGCAUUGUGGAAUGUGGCAUUGUCAAGGGCGAGAGCAGUCAACAGAUUGAAGCGAGCAAGCGUUAGAACUGAGAGGCAGACGUGCCGUCGUGUCUCCUCUCCUGACUUAUUGUUAGUAAAGCGAAGACGACGAAAUAGACAAGUGUUUUUAUUCUCGCACUUCCCAGGAAAUCUGCCAAGCCUUCUCUUCGACUUAUCAUAUCUCAGAGGACUCUGUUCGCCUUCUUCCAGGCAUCUUUCCUCAGAAGAGAAUUAAAAAAAGUAUAUAAUAAUAAUGGAUCCAAAUACGCAAAUUGAUCUAUAUGGACUACUUGGUGUGGAGCCAACGGCGUCUAUGCAAGAGAUAAAAAAGGCGUACCGCAAAAAAGCAUUAAGUUGUCAUCCCGACAAAAACCCAGAUAAUCCAAGAGCCGCGGAAUUAUUCUUAGAAUUAUCAAAAGUAUUGGAAACAUUAACAGACGCAAAUGCCAGAACGGCGUACGAUAAGGCCAUCGCUGCCAGGAAGGAGGCGAAGGAACGUGUUCGGCAGUUUGACGCCAAAAGGAAAAAAUUUAAAGAUGAAUUGGAGGCACGUGAGGAGGCAUACAAGAGGUCAUUUGAUCCUGUGAGCAAAUCCGACGAAGAACGAAGAAAGGCAGAAGUAAAAAGACUCCAAGAAUGGUAUAAACAAAUAGAAGAAGAGAUGCUCUUUACACGGGAACUUUUUUUAAAAAAUUUGAAACAUGGCUCAACAUCGAAGAAUUCAACGUCUAACGUGGGAGAUUUUAGAAUCAAAAUUAGAUGGAAGGUACAAGAUGAUGAUCCAACAAAUGGUGGAUAUGAUUACGACAAUUUACAUAAAAUGUUUUCUAAGUAUGGAAACAUAGCAGGUCUUGUUAUAUCAUCAAAAAAGAAAGGUAGCGCCUUGAUUGAAUUUGGAAAUAAGGAUGCAGCAGAAACGGCGCUCUUAACAGAAAUUGGUUUAGCGAAAAACCCAUUAACGCUACGUGGCCUAUGGGAGCAGAAACGUUCAGCUGCAAAUUCUAACGUUGAACAACCUAGGUUUCCUACAUUUCCUGCAACCACGCGUGCGAACAGCACGCCAUGUGCGUCGCAUGUUAGUUUUCCUGACGCGCCUGAUAUAUUCACGCAGCAGACAAGGAUGUCGGACGCAGAGCUUGAAAGUACCGUAUUGGCGAGCUUAAGGAGAGCAGAGGAGCGCAAACGGCUCAUAGAGGAACUGAAGGCACAGGAAGAAACUUAAUCCCGGUAUUGAGAGAAUCUAUAACUAUUUGUGUAUUUACUUUUUUCAUAAGAGAAAUAUAUUUAUAUAAUAACAAAAUA